AUGAAGGGUGAAGAAGAAACGCAUAAAAGUUCGGCAAGAAGGCCUCUGAUAUAUGCAAUCCUCGGUGGGUCGAUGCUUAUUGCUCUUGGGCUAGCAUUUGGUAUUGGGUUUGGUCUGAGGAGACAUAAACCAAUGAUGGCACCAGAAAAGGCCCAGCCAGAAGAAAGGAAAUCUAAAACAGGAAGUUUCAGAUUUGCCUCUGUUGUCUCUGAUACCAAGCAAUGCUCCGAAGUUGGAACGAUCGUCUUGGCGAAAGGUGGAUCAGCGGUUGAUGCAGCUAUAGCGACAGCUCUCUGUUCCUGUGUAUUAAAUGCACAAAGCUGUGGUCUGGGAGGAGGGUUCUUUAUGACGGUUUACAACAGAGCCUCAGGUACGUCCUACGUUCUGGAUGCUCGAGAAAGAGCGCCCUUGGCCGCCAACAGCACAAUGUAUGUUGGACGAGAGAAGGGCGCAUCCCUAAACGGCGGCCUUGCUAUUGCUGUCCCCGGCGAAUUAAUGGGGUACUGGGAGGCACACCAGAGAUUUGGAAAAUUACCCUGGAAAAAUCUGUUCGAGCCUACAAUCAAGAUAUGCCGGGAAGGAAUAAAAGUAACUGAGGCAACGGCGUUUGGAAUAAACAGAUCCGUCGAUCUACUUCGAAGCGGGUCAUUUACAAUGUACUUCAACGCUGCCUCUGGAGCCGCAAAAGGGGUAGGAGACACGGUGAUGUAUCCCAAACUCGCAGACACCCUGGAGACUAUCUCUACUGAGGGGGCCUCGGCUUUCUAUAACGGAAGCCUGACUGAUGCCAUAGUGUCUGAGAUACAGGAGAAUGGUGGCAUAAUAACAAAAGAAGAUCUGAACGAGUACACCGUCUCCUGGCGCACUCCGCUGACCUUCACCUUGAGAGACGGCACCACAAUUCACUCAAUGCCCGCUCCCGGAAGUGGAGCUGUGUAUGCCUACAUCCUCAAUGUCCUGGACGGGUACGACUUGACGACAGAAAGUGUCUCGAGUGACGACAACAGUAUACUGACAUACCACAGAAUAGUGGAAGCUUUCAAGUUCGCAUAUGCCAAGAGAACAGAACUUGGUGACGAAGAUUUUGAAGACGUUGCAGAGCUGAUGAGGAACAUGACGUCGCGGGAAUUCGGGGACGCGACCCGGGCCCGGAUUGAUGACGCAGCUACUCACAACGCCACCUACUACGGCGCCACCUUCUCCAACCAGCCAGACCAAGGGACGUCGCAUAUCUCUGUGGUGGAUGCGACAGGGAACGCUGUGGCGAUCACAUCAACCAUUAACUACUAUUUUGGAUCUAAAGUACUGGGUAGAACAACGGGAAUAAUGUACAACAAUGAAAUGGACGAUUUCUCGACACCCGGUACUGUCAACGUGUACGGCGUGCCAGCAUCUCCCGCCAAUUUUAUCAAGCCUGGAAAGCGCCCUCUGUCGUCAAUGUGUCCUACUGUUGUGGUAGAUAACUCCAGCGACGUCAUCUUGGUUUUAGGUGGAUCCGGAGGCACAAGGAUUACAACCGCUGCAUCCCUAAUAACCCUGAACACCCUCAAGUUUGGAUUGAGCCCAGGUGAGGCUCUGGACCGUAAACGUCUUCACCACCAGCUUCUGCCACCUACUCUAGGAGUGGAGGACGACUUUCCACUUGCAGUGGUAAAUGGUCUCAUUGCGAAAGGUCACAGCAUCACUGGGUACGGAUUUACGUCUGUCGUCAAUAUAGUCAGGGUCAAGGACAACGUGAGGCACGGCGCUUGUGACGUUCGAAAGGGAGGAUCAGCCGUCUGUCCCAAAUACCCGCUGCCACUGUUUGCGUAUCUGAUUGACGAGCCAUUGCCAACAGGUAAUGGUCUCUACGUGACGUACACCUUGGACAAACAGUUCUUGGUCCUUCAACCUCACAAGUGGUUUUGGGUACGAUGGGGCUAUGGUCGUAUCGCGGUUGGAAAAGGAAACAUACUUGGCUGGGAUAUCAUCUUUGACGAAGAAGAUAUGACAGGCAAUGUCUCAAUUCUAAACGUGGGACAAACAAGUUAUAACAACAAGCCUUACAGAAUCCGGCUCGGUGCGCAGGAGAGGGGAAGGUUUAAGCCAGAAGUGGGCCUUGUCAAGUGGAAGGAUGGUUUAAUCAUCCAAAAGAAGGUCCACCUCAUUCAGUGCAGCGUCGCAUGCUUUCAACACAUUGACUGCGGGAUGUUCAGCCACAAUAAAGGUCAGGGUAUCUGUGAACUCUUCAACAGGACGUCCUCGACGUUUACAGUGACGUCACAGAAUGGGUGGAAGUCGUGGAAGCUGCUGUAUUGUUAA